CUUUUCUUCCAACACGCCCUAAAAAAAAUUUUAGUGUGGAUCUAGACAGGAGGUUAAAUUUUGCUAUUUGAGCCAGUCCUAGGAUUUAAAUCAAAGAAUUAUGAGCAUAACUACCCAGAAGAUUAGGUGGGAUUGAAGGAGCAAACAGACGCAGAGGCAGGGAGAGAUGACAGAAACCUCUUCUUCUUCUUCUUCCACGACAACCAUAUCAAAAGACCUGCCUUCAGAUUAUGUCUCGGCAGUCAAAGGUUUUUUUGCAGACGUCGGAAUCCAUGCCUCUCUCCCUCAAAACUCCUUCUCCAAAGACUUCUACUCUGAUCUCAUUCGCGAUCUCCUUAAAGUCGACAAUGUCCUACGUGGGCGCGUCUCUUGCAUCUUCUCUGUCUCACCUGCUGUUGGUAAUUACUUUAAUGGGCUACACGGAGGCGCUGUUGGAGCUAUAGCAGAGAGAGUGUCCAUUGCUUGUGCUAGAACGGUAGUGGCUGGUGAUAAAGAGCUGUUUCUUGGUGAAUUAAGUAUCUCUUAUCUCUCUGCAGCAACACUAAAUGAGGUGUUGGUUGUUGAAGCGGCCGUAGCGAGGAGUGGAAGGAACUUGACUGCAGUUGCAUCCGAAUUCAGAAUCAAGAAAACCAGGAAGUUGGUCUACAUUUCUCGCGCUACCAUCUAUCACAUGCCUCCUGCCAAGUUAUGAAUUUCUGUGAUUCGAAAUAUGUUGUUAUUUUAUCUAUUUGAAUGCUUUGCCUGCAAACAUUAACGAGUUCUUUUAAUUUGUUCAAUAAGAAUGAGAUGCUCGUUGCAGUAUUC